UGUAAAAGAAAUAAAGUAUAAGUUUUGCAUUUAUUUUCAGUCCAAACAGGGAGGCAACUGCGACGUAGACAGCAUUCGUUUAUUGGGGACAGAUGCUGAUGGCUCUUGGUAUAAAGUUGCUUUUGUUGAACAGUCUGGUGUUAGUUAUGUGUUAGCAAGGCCUCUUCUUGAGAUAGUCAUUGAUGGACAAACUAUUUCCCUACAAGUUCAAGACAGCCAAGCACCCCCUAGUACUACAGUGUUUUCAUCUUCAGAGAUACCAACAAAACGACGCCCUCUUCUUUCUAACGCUGCUUCAGAAAGUCCUAACCUGACAGCUGCAGCCAUUCAAAUUGAGAGUGAAAUGGAUGGGGAAACAGGUGGUGCAAAGGAAAACUUACCAGAUAAUCCAGAGGAAGUUGAAUUGGAGGAAGAUGAACCGGAGGAAUAUGAGCAACUGAUUGUAGUGACUGGUGUGAAACGUUCAACAGAUACUGAGUUGCUGAAGCUCUACUUUGAGAAUCCAAGCAAAUCUGGAGGAGGUGAAAUAGAAGCGUUUGAGAGGGAAUCUAAGACUGGUGCCAUCAGCAUUACCUUCAAGGACCAAUCAGUUACUUCUAAAGUGGCUGGGAAAAGGCACAAGCUAGCCGGUGCCACUCUGAAGGUUAAACUGAUCACGAAGAAGAAACAUUGUCAACUUCCGAUCAACGCACGAUGUCUGUUUCUAGAAGGAAUACCAGAUGGCUGCUUAUCUGAGCAUAUUAAGCUCUUUAUUGAGUAUAGAUCAUCCAUGGAUGAGGAACCCACAAUCCAAUAUGGAGAAAAGCCUGGGACAGCUUUAUGUACAUUCUCAAGUGAUAUCCCAGAUUUGAAUGCAGCUGUAGCCAAUAUUUCUAAGAAGAAACUGCAAGGCGUUGUAUUAACGGCAGAUAAAGUUCGUGAAGCUGAUGCAAUCUUAGUGACAGGAUUUUCAAAAGAUGUAAGUCUGGACGUCAUCGAGUGUUAUUUUGACAACAAGAAGAAGAGUGGAGGUGGUGGAGUGACAUACGUACAACCAGGACCUAAGAAUGGAAACGUAGUAGUCUACUUUAAAGACUGGAAUGUUGUAAAAGAAGUGUUGUGUAAAGACACCCACAGGAUUGGUCGGAAAGAGGUACAAGUUGAAAUUUAUCGAGAACGUCUUGGGAAGCUGAGCCAUGGUGAUCAGGCGUCCGUCUCUGACAUCUCUGGCAAGACAAGGCCUGAAAAGGUGAAAAGAGGUACCGGUAAUGUAGCAUCAAGCAUCAAGGGAGCUGAAGCACAAGAGACUGGCCAGAAAGUAGAGACGAAGAAACCACAAGUAGGCCGAAGAGUCCAGAAUGACCACGAGGAAGAGUAUGAUCAACUGAUUGAAGUGACUGGCUUCAAACCGUCCACAGAAAAUGAGGUCCUGAAGCUUCAUUUUGAAAAUAGUCGCAAAUCUGGAGGAGGUGAAAUAAAAACACUGAAGAAAGAUUCUAAGACGGGUGCCGUAAGAAUUACCUUCAAGGACCAAUCAGUUACUGUUGACGUGGAGAAGAGGUGGCACAAAAUAAAUGGCGCCAAGCUGAAGGUCAAACUGAUUACCAAGAAGAAACAUCGUCCACUUCCAGUCAAUGCACGAUGUCUGUUUCUAGAAGGGAUACCAGAUGGCUGCUCAUCUGAGCAUGUGAAGCUCUUUAUUGGCGAUAGAGCAUCCAUGGAUGAGGAACCAACAAUCCAAUAUGGAGAGAAGCCUGGAACAGCUAUUUGUACAUUCUCAAGUGAUAUCCCAUACCUGGAGAAUGUUAUAAGAAAAAUAUAUCUGGCAAAAAUGAAAGGUGCUUCAUUGACGGCAAAGAAAGUUCAUCAUGCUGACGCCAUCUUAGUUCAAGGAGUUCCACCAGACUUAGAAAUGAUUGAGUUGUAUUUUGACAACAAGAAGAGUGGAGGCGGUGGAGUGAGAGAGGUACAACCAGGACCCAUGGAUGGACAGGCAAUCGUUUACUUUGAAGACUGGAAGGUGGUUCAGGAUGUUUUAACCAUUCCUCAUAAGCUCGGUGGUAAAGAUUUGCAGAUUGAAUCAUAUCAUGACUUCCUGGGAAGACUGAGCCCGCUUGAUGCCCCAACUCCACACCCUAAACCAGUGUUGGUAGAAGUACAGGAACCAGUUAUGGAAUUCCUAUAUGGGAAAGGUGCGAAUACUAAGAAGAAUUUGCUGAAAGACUUGGCAAAUGUGAAAGCCAAUUUGCUGUGGCCCGAUGGUUCUCAGAAGUCUCAAGCUAAACUGGAACCAGUAGAAGAUGACUUCCAGCAACAAUCGUCAUGGUUGAACUGGGAAAAGGAAGCUGUCGAUGUUCUCACUGACUUCAUGAGAGGAUGCAAAACAGCCAGAGUUCAGGUUUCACAGUCACUGUGGAAGGAUGUAGCUGAUGCACUCAAGAAGAUUACUACAACUUGCUCGAUGGUCACAGAUACUCAACUUCAUGAAGUGAUACUGGUCGGAGCGAAACGAGAUGUUGAUGUCACUGAAGCAACAAUCAAUGACAUCAUCAAGAAGUUACAGAAGGAGGCUGACUAUGAUGCUGAGCAAACAACAGAAGAAAUCAACUGGGAUACAGAGAAGCUACACCUGUUUACUAUGUGUGGGAUUGAACAGGAGAUCGAAAAGUCCUUUCCAGCUCUGAAGAUCACAGUUUCCAGCCAAUAUUAUGGUAAAACUGGCAUCACACUUGAUGGAAUAAGGAAAACCAUCAAAGACGUGGAGCUAAAGAUAAGGAGGAUGAUGGACAGUUUGAAAAAGACAGAGUUCAAAGCUGGGAGUAUCAAGGUACAAUUUAUUCAGCAUGUUACGGACACAAUUCAUGAUGUUUUAGGGUCACGGAAUGUUCAUGCAGCAUGCAGUGGAUCAGAUGAUGGGAAGAUCACAAUACACGGUGCUACAAGCAGAGAUAUCAGGAAGGCUAAAGCAUACAUCGACAAUGAAAUAGAAGAAGAUGUGAUUCUCAUCAAAGGUUCUGCAUUAGCUGUUGUACAAGGCCACAAGGGGAAGAAACUGUUGGAAUCGAUCAACAAUCAAAAGUUCGUCAUGGCAGGCAUCAGCCAGGAAACGGGUGCCACGUUAACUAUUAGACUUGCAGGAUUUAAGAGAAAUUUGGAUGAAACAAAAAAACACAUCAUGAACUUUCUCAAGAAAAAUAUCACCAGCAGAAGCAUCAUUCCCUCAAGCGAGAUCAAAGUACGCCUCAUUACCACAUAUCGUAGUCAGGACUUGGACAACUUGAGACAACAACAUCAACACAAUCUUGUAGCCAUCCAGCCACAGAUGAGUGGAAGGAACAGAGGAUUUAUCAUCCAGGGCAAUGAGGAGGGUUUAGAUGCAGUCCGCAAACUGGUCACUUCAUUAGUACAAGCAGUAAAAGAGAAACAUUAUCCUGUAUCCAAGACGGGCAUGGCUAGACUGUUCCGUGAAGAGAAAGGCAAGAAAUUCUUGGAGUCUGUCGAGAGAGAAUUUCAUUGUGUGAUUACCACCGAUUGCAACGAGGAGAGUGAUGAUGAUGAUGAUGAUGAUGAUGAUGAUGAUGAUGAUGAUGGUGAUGAACAGGAAGAGUGUGCAUCAACAGCCGGCCAGAUUCUUUAUAGUGUUACUCUACCACACAGCGCCUGCAGGUUAAGAGUGGUUCAUGGAGACUUGACGAAGCAGCGAGUAGACUGCAUUGUGAAUGCGGCAAAUGUUGGACUCCAGCAUAUUGUAGGAUUAGCUAAAGCAGUUCGUAAAGCAGGUUUGUAA